AUCACGGGCAGCCACACUUUAUUUGGCAACAAACCUCCAUGGACUUAACAGGCGACCUCAACUUUCUUGCACACCUGUCAACGGGUAGGAUUUAGUAGCUUGGCGUAGUAUUGUGCAUCACUUUCACAUUGUCUUUUAAAUAAGGCAGUUAAACAAACGCGAUCGUUGCAUACAACGGGCAAAGCCUUUUGCGUCGAUAUUUCCUGUUUAAGCGACAGUUUUGCUUCGGCGUUGGGGUCGGGUUUGUUUGGGUGGGGAAGUGAAAAUCACUCUUUAAAAUGGACGAUUGCGAUACUGCUGCACGAAAGACGCUCACGCUUAUAAUCAGAUCGUCGAACCGAUCGUGUGAAGAUCAGACCAUCGAAGGGGUUGGGGUUGACUGGACCAUAAAGGAGCUGAAAACCCAUUUGUCCGUGGUAUACCCGAGCAACCCGCCUGAAAGGGACCAGAGGAUCAUCUACGCCGGAAAGCUGCUCCUGGACCAGCAACAUGUGUCUAGUGUCUUCGGAAAGUUGGAGGCAGCGCCCAUCAUCCAUAUGGUGUGCGCUUUCAGACCGCAGGCUGGUGGCCAGCCUGGAACCCAGCCCAAGGUUGCAGAAGCGGAGCUGAAUGGUGGGGGCUCCUCCUCCGCUGGUGAUAGACUCCCCCAGCAGAGCACCACUGCCCCUCCCCCCACGCUCCCAGGUGAUGGGCUGAGGAACAGGGGCCAGCCUCCGGCCAGAGCCCCCGGGUCUGGGGCACCGAUGAAUCCGCCCGUGUUCCCCACAUACUCCCUGUACAGCCCCCAGCAGCUGCUCUGGCUUCAGCGAGUUUACGCUCAGCAGUACUACAUGCAGUACCAAGCGGCCCUGGUGGCAGCAGCCUCUUCCAGCACCCCUGUGGCCAAUGCCGCCAGUCACUCCCUGCCUGUAGACCCCCAACCCGCUGCCGUCCCCGCGGCCCUGCCCAACCAGCCAGCCGACCAGAACGUCCCGGAGCCCCGCCUCAUCAACCCCGCAGGAGCCAAUCAGAACUUGCGUAUGAACGCCCAGGGUGGGCCUGUCAUGGAGGAGGAUGAUGGAGUGGAACACGAUUGGCUGGAAUGGGUGUACACGGCCACCCGCUUCUCCGUGUUCCUGGGCAUCAUGUACUUCUACUCGAGCAUCAGUCGCUUCGUCCUUGUGAUGAGCAGCCUGUUCCUCUUGUACCUGCACACAGCUGGCUGGUUCCCAUUCCGCCGGAUGCCUGUGGGCCCUGGGCCACGUGAUCAGGCCCCAGAGGUGGUCCAUAACCAGGACAGAGACCCAGAGCUGGUGCAUGUCCCAGCGGGAGGGGCUGAUGCAGAAGAUGGCGAAGACGGAAGACUCCCUGAACCGGUGGUGUUGCAAGCUCCUCGUUUGUCCAUCUUCCAGACAGCCUGGGUCUUCUUCAAGACCUUUUUCGCCUCGCUGGUCCCCGAGGCACCACAGGGCAUAGUGAACUGACCUUUGUAUUAGCACUCCAUGCCCACGAUCGGAGGGUCGCCAGUUCAAAUCCCAUGGCUGGCCGAGUCAUGGCACUCGAGCAAGGUCCUUAAUCUGCGAUUGCUCCCGGUACUGACUGACCCUGAUUUCCAAAAAUGUAUGUUGCUUUGGCUAAAAGCACCCACUAAAUGUUAACGUACUGUCACUCUUCUGUUAGAGAGACAGACUUUACCCUUAGCAGGGGGUGACUCAUGACUAUUCCUACAACUCCUAACACAUUUUUGGACGAGGUUCUCCUGCCCCUCCAGCUUAAUAACCCUUGGUGGCCUCCCAGAAUGGCCCAGGGAUUUCCUGUUCGGACCACUGCAGGUGCUGUAAAACCGCAUGGGACUCUAAAGACUUCAGGAGCACGGAGCUGUCUGUCCUCAUUUCCGCUGCGUUUCCUCCAGCGCACCUUUGGCGUCGCUAGAACGAGACCCGCCUGUCCUGAUUGGAGGCUUCUCACCGCUUUGUCACCAACUUCUGUUUUCUAACUGUCAAGAAACUGCGUUGGACCGCAAGUGGUCGGUUCUGCACGUCUCGGGCAAAGCGUCAUGUCGGCAUGCUGAUGGACUAAUUAUGUAAAAAUUGCUAUAAACCGUUGAUUUUUUUUCUUAAAUUCUGUACAUUUUAUUUAAAUUAUGACCUUUAUGUUGUAAUCAGGAUUUGUGUACAGUACAAUCCUUUUGGGAUGAUUUUUUUUUUUUUUUUUUUUUAAUGUAAGCAUAUACACUAAGUGUACUUCUAGCCUCUGCACCUUAUCAGGCUGUUGAUUUAUUUGCUCGUAACAUUUUACCAUAUGUAUCUAAUUCUGUAAGCGUAUAUUAAAUAUUUAACAGCUUAUGUAUGUCUUGAA